AUGACUGGCGACAAACUCCCACUAGAACCACAAGAGCUCAAGCCACCCUGGAACAACCGCGUCCUCGAAAAGCGCGCGACCCAGCUAACCCUGAUCCCCUCAGCUUGGCACCUACCAGAAAUCCUCCUAGAAAUCCCACCAGCAUCAAGCGUAGAAACCAUCCGCGCAAGUGGCAUCCUCUCCGUCGACGAGCUAGCGUGGACCGAGACAGCGGAUAUCCGCGAACUCGUCGAGCUAGUCAAAUCCCAGAGAGUGACGAGCGAGGCGCUAACAACGGCGUUUUGUAAACGCGCUGCGAUAGCACAGCAGGUUACCAAGUGCUUGACCGAGAUCUUCUUUGAUAAGGCCCUUAAGCGCGCCAAGGAGCUUGAUGAUCAUCUACUAUCUACCGGUGAGGUUAUUGGGCCGUUGCAUGGUGUUCCAGUUUCCGUGAAGGAUCGGUUUGAUGUUGAGGGGCUUGAUACGACUGUUGGUUGGGUGGGUCUGACCAAUACACCAGCCAAAUCCAAUAGUUCAAUCGUGCAGGUGCUCGAGUCGAUGGGUGCAGUGCUGUAUGUUAAGACUAAUGUGCCACAAUCUCUGAUGAUGUCCGACUCAUACAACCAUGUCUUCGGCCAAUCCGUAAACGCCUUCAACAAUGCCCUGAUCUCAGGUGGUAGCUCUGGCGGCGAAGGCGCCCUUGUUGGCUCCGGAGGCAGCGUCUUGGGAAUUGGUACUGACAUAGGCGGCUCAAUUCGAGUACCUUCAAAUCUACAGGGUCUAUAUUCCAUAUGUCCGACGACCGGGCGAGUACCGUGGGACUGCUCCUUCUUACACCAGCACUACCUUGUCCCACCGGUUGCUGGUCCAAUGGCUACAUCUCUCCCUACAACAGAGUACUUCAUGGAGAGUCUCAUUGAGUCCAGUCCGUGGAGUCUAGACCCAAGCGCAGUUCCAAUCCCAUGGCGAAAAGAGCUCGCCACACCACCGGCGAAUCGUAAGUUGAGAUUGGGUGUUGUUUUUGAUGACGGCGUUGUUAAGCCGCAGCCGCCUGUUGCGAGGGCAAUGCGUGAGACGGUGGAUGCAUUGAGAGCCGCUGAUCAUGAAGUAAUCGAGUGGGACACCUCCCUCCAUAUCGCCAUCACCAAUCUCUGGACAAAAGGUAUUCUCGCCGAUGGCGGCCAACACUGUCGAUCGCUGUGUCAGAUAGUCGACGAGCCCUUGAUUGAAGGGAUGGUUGUAGGCAAAGAGACAGAUCUUCUUUCACACGAGGAGCGAGAGCAGCCUCUUGGCCUUCGCCCAAUACCCCAAAAGCCAUCUAACACCAUUAAACAGUUUGAAGCAACAAAACUCACCCUCCAAACCGCCUUCCUGAAGCAAUGGGUUUCAUCGGAAAUAGACGCCCUGCUCAUGCCCGUCCUCCCAUGGGUAGGCUACAAGCCUAAGACAUGGGUCAAGAGCAAGCAGUGGUUAGGCUAUACGGCUAUGUGGAAUCUGUUAGACUACGCGGCUGUUACUGUUCCUGUUGCGAGAGCGGAUCGGGGUCUUGAUUCUGUUGAUAGUGCAGGUAAUACUGAGUGGGAGGGACAUUCAGUCAGGAAUGAGUCGGAUGCUUUCAAUUAUUUGCAGUAUGAUAUCGACCUUGUUCAUGGGAUGCCUAUCUGUGUCCAGAUUGUUGGGGGCCGAUUUGGAGAGGAAAAGGCCGUGGCGGUUGGCAAGGUGGUUGAUGAGUUGAUGAAUCCGACUCCCUUCCAUUCAUGA